CUUAGUGGCAGCUAAAAGCUGGAGCUCCCUCCUAAAUAGUUGGCACAAGUAUUUGGUGUAGGAACCCGAAUUAGGGCUUUCGCACCAUCAACGGGAGCGCCAGGUAGGGUGACGAAGAGCUUCUCCAGUUGUUAUCCAUGGCCGACGAUGACUACAACGAUGUCGACAUGGGGUACGAGGAUGAGCCACCAGAGCCUGAAAUUGAAGAAGGUGCAGAGGAGGACGUAGAAAACAAUCACGAUGAUGAUGUUCCAGGAGAGCCCAUUGAAACUGAGGAAAAUGAGGAGAAGGAAGUUGGGGAACGCGCUCGUAAAACGUCUAAAUAUAUGACAAAAUAUGAGCGUGCCAGAAUACUGGGAACACGUGCACUGCAGAUCAGCAUGAAUGCUCCUGUGAUGGUCGAGUUGGAGGGUGAGACUGACCCACUUGAGAUUGCUAUGAAGGAGCUUCGUGAGCGGAAAAUACCGUUCACCAUUCGUCGCUAUCUGCCUGAUGGAAGCUAUGAAGACUGGGGAGUUGAUGAAUUGAUUGUGGAGGACUCAUGGAAGAGACAAGUUGGAGGCGAUUGAUCAGUCAAGUGUGUCAGCAAUCGUGGAAAUGGUGCUGAAUGGCAAGUUAUUCGUUGGAAAAAAUGAAAACCAAACUGUGCUGAAUGGCAAUUUAGUUGUUGGCGUUGGACUAAUGCUUUUUCAGCGUUUGUGUAUGAGUCUCUUUCAAAAUGAUUGGGAACGUUGCGCUGCAUGAACUUCUUGUCCAAAUUGCGUUUUGUACAAUUCUGUAGAACCUCCUUCUCCUUUCGGCUUUCGUUCCUGCAUGUUUCUGUUCGCUAGGAAUGGACGGCAGCCACAUUAAUGUUGCUGUUUCUCAGUAUUUCAAUCUGUGGUGCAUGUUCUCA